AUGUUCUUCCUAUUUACAAUCUUCGCAUUACUUAUCCAAGCCGGUGAUAUAGAUCCAAAUUCUCUCGCCGAUUAUCCUUACAAAUUGAUGCACCUUACCAAAAACCCGGACGGGUCGCUCACUCGAGCGAAAGAUUUCUACCCGACUAACCCACCUAAUAAUUCGAUUUCUCAUGCUUUCUCUAGAGAUGUUACUCUCAACAAGACUAAAAAGACGUGGAUUCGACUCUAUUUACCCAAUAAAUCGAAUCUCGCGAACCUCCCAGUAAUAAUCUUCGGCCAUGGUGGGGGGUUCAUUAUCCUAAGCACGGCCACCCCUAGCUUCGACUUAUUUCUCUCCAAGACAGCGGGGAAAUUAAACGUGUUAAUUGUCUCGGUUGAGUACAGGCUCACACCUGAGAACCGCCUCCCGGCCGCAUACGACGAUUUUUUGGAGGCAUUGCAAUGGGUGAAGAAGAAAAAUGAUGAUUGGGUUAGAAAGUACGCUGACGUUUCCAAGUGCAUUGUGAUGGGGGAGAGUUCAGGGGCCAACGUAGCAUACAACGCAGUAUUACGCGCAUCUCUAAUGGUCCGCGAGUUAAGACCGUUGGUUAUUAGAGGUUUGGUUCUAGUCCAACCGUUUAUAGGCGGGGUACUCCGUACUGGAUCCGAAUUGAGGAAAGCGGCCAAUACGCCUGGUUUACCCUUGGUGGUAAUGGAUUUUUUGUGGAAUCAAUCAUUACCACUUGGAACUAAUAGGGACCACCUAUACUGUAACCCCCUUAUUCGUGGCGGAUCCAGGAAUUUGGACAAAAUUAAAAGGUUGGGUUGGCCAAUUACAAUAAUGGGUUGUAAUGGUGACAUACUUAUUGAUAGGCAAUUGAUGAUGUUUGAUUUUUUGAAACAACAAGGGGUGAAUGUAAUUGGUAAUUUUAGUAUAGGAGGUUACCAUGGUGUUUUUCUUAAUGAAACGGCAGAAAUUGAAAAACUAUAUGGAUUUACACGAAGUGUAUUUCCUUCCAUACUUCCUUAUUGA